CUCUAUCGGCCUUUUCCAACAAUGACGCUUUUUUUGGAGCACUAAACGUUAUCGAAUAGGUCAGGCAUGUUUUAGGAUUCUAUACGAAAAUAGAUUUCUCAGCGAAUUGAAGCAUCCUCAUUUCAAUUUCCGCAUUUUCUACGUAAAAAUGAUGUCGCUGGUUUUUACUAGCUGAAAAUCGUUUGAAUGUUUGUUUUGCUGUAUCAUGAAUGGCUUAACGGUUACUGUUUACCUUCUAAUAAUCCAUGAAACAUUUGGAAUCCAGAAGGAAGUUCUUUUGGAAUCCACAUGCAACAAAACGUUGAUGCUACAUUGCCCCACGUUCAGCCAUAUGGAGCACCGGGCAGCACGGUUGAAAUUCAACAGUCUCCCACUAGAAUCUUGCGCGGUUGUACUACAAAUGCCAACCAACUGCAGAACAAGAUCAUCAAUCUACCUAAAUUUUCCUGCCUGCCAUUUAAGGACGUCGCAAACCAUACAGGUCUUCGAACGAACCCAUGGUAACCGAAAACUUAUCAAGCGCCUGAACGGCAACUUUGCAACCACGUCAAAAUGGAAUCUGCACUCCGUGGCGCACAUUGUAUCCGCAAUCCAUCGUAGUCCGUCUUUGGAGAUCGUCCUACACAAUAAACCGCACCUUCAAAGUUUCAUAAAAUACGAGACUGUGCUGAUUGAUAUGACCAUCAUUUCGCAAGAUGCAUUUGAUCGUGGAAUCAUGCACUGCCCAUCCCUAAAAGGCUACGUCCCAAAACGCUUGUGUGAAAGGGAUCAGACGCGCAUCACCUGCCCACACAUAUAUCGGCAUCAGUUAGGUUCAGACGGCAUCGAGCAAUGCCUUCCAUGUGGUAACUCUACGGAACUGGGUGGGGUUCAUGGUCAGCAUACCGGUUCUUACAGAGGAACCCUAAUCCAGACCGUUACUCUGCAAGAAGUACAAGCAAUUGGAACCGUUACAUAUUUCAUGGCGCCUCUUCCCAAGUGUCAGUCGUCAUAUCGCCUGAUUAUGGAACCAUUAACACUCCUUGUUAGUGAUCGGCAGGUUGUCCUGCAAGGUCUUUAUGCCGGCAACUUUCACGAAAUAGCCAACAGGACCCCGGCUUGCAGCCUGACGCAUCCCAACUGCUCCCGCAUGGCGCACUGGGUGUCAUUCUCCUCGCGGACCGCCGGCACGCCGCCCUUCAUAAAAUUUGGUUACGGCUACCAAAUGCAGGCCAACGUAUUGUUUCACUUCGCUUCUAAGACACAGAACAAUCAUGAUGACACCCUGCGACAGGUGAAAAUAAUUUCAUUAGGUGACGGGAUUCCGCUCUACGCCAAGCCGAAAGUGGAAUGGAAAGCCGUUCUGUAUGACAUUGCCCCGUUUAUAGUACCGCUUGAAUCAAUGUCGAGGGAUGAGCAUAUUAUCAUGGCCGACCGCAUUUACAUGUCGCCGGAUAAAAAUCCCUUAUUAAAAGAAAUGCUAUUUUUCAUCCAAGGCCUCACCGUUUGGUGCCGAGGAAUUAGCGGCCAUCACAUUCUCCCUAAUGACCGACGGGUGUAUCCUCAAUCGCAAACUGAAGAGCAAACGGUCGUUUAACGGAGAUAGCCGAUCUUCUUAUAUCCGUAUUCCAUUGCACAAAGGUCAUUUGUCAGCACCGGGACAGGAACUGGUCCUGGAAAUCUGGCCGCCGGGCCACUACAGUCCCAUACAUAACCACGGUAACGCCAGCGCGGUGAUCAAGAUUUUGCAGGGGGCCCUGCUGUCCAAAUUCUACAAUCCCAUUAUCUCGGGUAGCUACGAGAUGCCGCAGCUGAUCACACAGGAACGACUGUAUGCCGGUAACAUUACGUGGAUGUCGUCGGAGCUCUACCAGACCCAUGCACUGGUCAACGAACGACAUGAUAUUCCUGCCAUCACGCUACAAUCCUACCGCUACGAAGGUAGGAAGGAUGUAGUCAAUGAGGAGUUCUUUUUCUUCUAUCAACCCAACAACGCCACCCUUGGAGAGUUUUUCCCUGGGAGCGAUGUGGACAUUGGAGAGAUUGUGCGGCAGAACGGCACGAUUCUACAAGAGUACAGAAAUCAAAGAUGCAGUACAGAAAUCACAAGAUGAAUAUUCGCACGCAGCGUAGUGAAGGUCGUCUGAAUAAACCGCAACGAGCGAAUGUCAGUCCGUUUACACUGUGUGGAAUCUUGUGUUAACCGGCGGCCAAAUCACGUGUUGAACGAUGAAGUUGGGAUUGUUCUCAUGUUAUACGCAGUUACCUGUUGCAUAUGAUCCCUGGAGUAGAGAAAUGUUAUUAAACCGA